AUGGUUGCCGAUAUCAUGAAAGUAAAGGAUCGUGUUUGCGAUGUGAAUUCAAUGCCUGUCACCGACAAGGAUGUAUGCAAAACGAUGAUAGUCAGAGCGUUGAAAUAUUCUGGAGAAGUGGAUAUGAUCAUAGAACGGCCUAUGGAGCCUGAAGCCAUCAACAUGAUGGAGAAUGCCCUUAACGCAUCACAAAUACAAGAGCCAUCCGUAGCGAUGGCACCCGAUGUGAAAUCGAUUAUUCGACGAUAUCAAGAAAAACUGAAAAUGGGACAUGGACUAAUGCCAGCGCGCAAGGCAAUGACUGACCCGACAGCAACUCAAAAAUCGGAUGCUCCACAUGUUGCUUUUCAAGAUGGUCAAGGCAAAUCACACAUGUCGUUAAUCAUUGGAUGUGAUAGGACGCCAAGUCAAAUAAACAGAUUGCAAGUGAGUUCGGUACUGGAAAUUUCUACUUUCUAA